UGGGUGUAUUUUUUCUUCGAACUCUGACAUACUUUUAUAUUUACAAUUCUUUUGCCUCACUUAGCUGAAUAUACUUUUAGUAUUUGCUAGCCGGCUAUUUUAUUUUUAUUCCAAAAUAUUUGAGCAUUGCACAAGGCAACGCGCGCAUACACUCUUAUAUCAGGCCGUCUCGCUGCUUUAACGGGUACAAAAUAACCUAAAUCAAAACCAUGAUUGAUUCUCGCACUGUCGGUGUCACCAAAUACCAGGCGUUCUGUGCGCUCCUGGCUGCCAUUGGUAGUUUCAACUUUGGAUGGAACAUUGGAUCCGUCAACAUUCCGGGCGAUGUCCUGCAGAACUGCGUCACCGGGCACAAAUACUACGGUCGUUUUCCGUCGUGCAUUGGCGUUUCCUCAGCCACUGUCUGGGGUAUUAUUGUCGGCUGCUACGCGCUCGGCGCGCUCGCCGGUGCUAUCAUCUCCAAUCCCGUCAUUGACCGCAAGGGCUACAAGUUUGCCUUGACCUGGUUUGCCCUGCUCAACGUUGUCGGUGCCCUGCUGCUGUCGCUGACCACCUCUGUUGCCCAAUUCAUUAUUGGUCGCAUCUUUGUGGGACUUGCCGCUGGUGCUGCCAACAGCGCGCUGUCGACCUACGUCUCUGACAUGACCACCCCUCGCGGCCGCAAUAUCCUCGGUGGCGGUGUCCAGUUUGCUUGCAACCUGGGUAUCAUGAUUGACAACGCCUGUGCUUUGGGUCUUGCGCCGCCUCCGCGUUGGCGCAUUCUGUUUGCGUUGACUGGUGCCUUUGGCCUGAUCAACUUUGUACUGUUCCCAUUUGCCAGCGAGUCGCCCAAGUGGCUUGUUUCGAAGGGCCGCAUUGAGGAGGCUCGCGAGUCGCUGGUAAAGUUCCGCAAGGGCGCUGAUAUUGAGGCUGAGCUCAAUGACAUGAUUACUUCAUACGAGGAGAACAGGAAGCGCACGGAGGAUGUCAACGUGCUUCAGGUUAUCCGCGGCCAGACGCCUGACAAUCUGCGCCACCAGCUGAUGUGCGUGUCGGCGCUCAUGUUCUUCCAACAGAUGUGCGGUAUUAAUGCCGUCAUUUUCUACUCGACCCAGAUUAUCAACAACUCGACCAAGGACGAUCCCGCCAACAUCCCCACUUUGGCGCAGAUUCUGACCUUUGUCAUUUCGUUGGUCGCCCUGGUCUUCACGUUCUUCGGUAUGGUUUUGGGCGCCUACUUUGGCCGCCGCACGCUGCUCAUGUUCUCGCACACCGCCAUGGCUAUUUUCUCAGCCAUCAUGGUUGCGGGCUCGGUCAAGGAGAUCACCGGCCUGGUCGUGGCCAUGGUGUUCUUGUUCAACGCGUUCUUCAAUCUCGGUGUCGGCCCCAUUCCCUGGGCCACCGCUGGUGAGAUGACCCCUCGCUACGCCAUGACUGCGGUUUCGGCCAUCGGAACCGGUAUCGGCUACAUUUUCACCUUUGCCAUUGGUGUUAUCUUCCCGCCCAUGCAGGCUGCCUGGAAGAACUACACAUUCUUCUUCUUCAUGGCCUGGAACAUUGUGGCUCUCGUCUUUGUCUUCUUUUUCAUUCCCGAGACCAAGGAUCGCCGGAUUGAGGAUACUGUCCGUGUGCACUCUUGCGGUGUUCACUUUGUUGUCGGCAACAGAUGGAAGGUUGAGGCCGCGAAGGAUAAGGAGAUGCCGAUCGACACGUAAAACACCGCGUUCCUUUUGUUAUACAUCCUUUCUUGCUGCUAAUUAAAUAAAAUCCAGCGCUUUGCACUUCGUGACUUGAUCGAUUUGUUUUUUCGUUUACUUGAUUAUCUGGUGGCAAAUUAAC